AUGACUUCUGGUUCUAGAUUGUUCUAGAAAUUGACUUAGACAAUUUUUCGUAACAAAAUACAUUAUAUAAGGUAUCAUAUUUGGUAGUGUGGUCUUUCGCUACUUCCUGUUUACAUCGCUGUUAUUUGAGAACGAGGGAACAGAACAGCCUGUAACAAUAUUGGGAUCCACUGCAGAUGCUUACAAACCAUAUUUUAACCGUAUUUUAAAGUUAGUAUUUUCUACCAUUUGUAGGUAACGGUUUAUGACUUACUCAAGAAAAAGGGUGGCUUUUCAAAAAAGGCGUCAAGAACUCUUAUUUCCUGCUUUCCAGAAAAUGCCUCAGCCUUCUCCCGCAUUCUCUUUAAAGACAGUGAGUUGAAAAAGAUGGCGAGAAUGGAUAAUUUUAUCAAGGAGCUGUUGGGCCUUCCAAGUUUGGUGCGAGAAUCUGAAGUUGUCCUGAAUUUUUUCGGUGCCCUCAACGGACAGCAGGGAACAAUUAUAAGGUCUUCGGAGGACGAAAAAUUGAAAAACGUCAACAAAGUGGCGGAAAUAUUAAGCGGUCGAGAUCCGCUUAGAAAACUACCUGAAAAGAGUUCAAUAGCAAAGCAAAAAACAAGGUAUAGUGCCAACGGGAUUGCAGAGGACUUGCCUGUCUUUAUCGGGGAAACGAGAGACCAGCUUUACCGAAAGCUCAGGCAGAAUAAGCGUCAUACAAGUGAAGACAUCCCAGUGACCACUAGUAAGACAAGAGCAACCUCCCUCGAUAACGGAAUCUUGGACAGAACUGACGCGGCAACUCCAAGACCUGGUCUAAAGAUGAGGUCAUUUAGUGCUGGUGUCGGUCUUGAUAAUUUGUUGAACGAAAAAGAACAACUGAAGGAAAGCAAGCCUGAUGACGAGCCAAGCAAGCAACGUUCCGGGGGUGAUGAGAGUCUUUCAGUACAAAGUGAGAGUUCAGCCACUGACUCUGAGUAUUCCGAUGAAGUGGAGGAGACACUUCUCAAGUUGGAGAAGAAGAGUUCACCUCAAUUUGGUGCAAGACAAAGCAAUGGAAGAGGAAGCCCAACUAGGAAGAAGCAUGUUGUUCUUCGAUCAUUCUUCGCAGAGGAAAGCGGUGAGGUAUCUCUGGAGGAAGGCGAGGAGGUUGACGUGCUGCAGAAAGGGUCCAGCGGUUGGUGGUACGUCAAAAAUGAUUUCUGUGAGGGGUGGGCACCGAGCGCUUUUCUUGCCCCUGGCAGAUCCAGGUCCAUAUCUCCAGAGACCUUAGAUCAGCAGGAAAUUUCAGACAACCAGGACGAGCAUUGGCAAAUCAAAGAAAAUUUGGAUAGCUGGCCCAAACAGAAACGUGAUGACUUGAAAAGACUCGUCCCUCAAGGAAAAGAGAAGUCCCCGGGUAGGAACGUUGCGAAAGUCGCCGCUCCGACGAUAACAUCUGAAAUGAACCGACGAGCCAAGCUGCUUACAGUCGAAGGAAUACAAAAGAGGAAGAAUCCCGAUAAAAAUUACGUUUAUAUUCUCAAAGUGGUGUGGUCAGAUGGGAACAUUAACAUAAUCUACAGGACAUGCAGUGAUUUUUUCUUUCUUCAGGAAAGCCUCAAAAAGGAAUUUCCGUCAGCCUUUGGAAAGGAAAUCCUUGCUCUUAAAGGGAGGAAAUUCAGUGAAAACUGCCAGUUCUGCUUUAGAGAUGGAACAUGCAAGAGACAGAAGUUCAUGAACCAAUUCUGCCACGAACUAAUCAAUGCACCUGACAACAUUUCAAAAAGCCAAGUUGUUAUGGACUUCUGCAGGUCUCGUGCCAGUGAUGUCCAUCCUCAUGGAGAGUGAGUAAUCUUAAUUUUUUUUUUAUAACUUAAUUUAUUCAUCGAUCCGUCCGUCCGUCGAUCCAUUUGUUCGUUUGUUCGUUCGUCCGUUCUCUUUUUUGUCUGCUAAUUCGUUGGUUUUACCGUUCCUUCGUUCCUUCGUUCCUUCGUUCCUUCGUUCCUUCGUUCCUUCGUUCCUUCGUUCCUUCGUUCC